AACUCUAUUCCGACAAAUUUCUACAAAAAUAUUAUAAAGAAAAUUUUCAAAUUUCGAGAAACCAUGAGGUGGCAUCACGGAUUCGCAUGACGCAGAGAGAUUGAAAAAUGUCGCCAAAUCUGUUCGCCCGUGAGGAUCCCAGCGAAUCCCGGAACAUAUUUGUUCUGGGAAUCUGCGUCCUAUUCGGAUGGAUGAUUGUCAUUUUAAUUUGCGCUUCACCCCACUUGUUCCGAAACUAUCUCAAAAAAUGGUUUAAACACGACGAGGAUCCGCUCACCGACAAAAUUCGGAAAGCAGAAGCCCGUCUUCAGGAGACACUCCGGCUUGCGCAGAAGCCUUCGAAUUUUCUCGUCGAUCAGGCUGCGGUUAUGUCAACGAUGGCUGUUAGGCCCGAAAAAUCUGAGACCCGUAUAACGCUCGGAUUGGUCGAGGAGGAGGACGAGGACGAAUGUACCUGAAAAUCCUGUCUAAAAACCCCCAAAAAGUGCCUAUUUUCUCUUAUCAAACCGAAACAAAAAACUUAUCCUUGUCACUUUCCAAAAAAAAUUUCCGCACUUAUACUGUUCCCUCGCCACUUUUUUUUCUCGAAAAUCGUUGGAUUGUUUCUGUUUCAACCUCCCCACCCAUGCGCCUUUAAAUUUUCCAAAAAUUUCUAAACUUUUUUUUUGAAAUUGCAAACAAUCCAUACGGUAGGUAUUCACUUAAAACCGCUCAAUUUUUUUUUUGAAAUUUUUUUCAAAUUUUUUUUGUCCCAAAAAUUUUGUAUAUUUUCAUAUCAAUUCUUGGUGUUUAUCAGUAAUAAAAAGUUAUUUU